GUUAACGGGCCGCGCAUGCGGGGCGCGCUCCCGUCGCCGUCCGGUGUCCCGUCACGUCAGUGCCGCCCGCCGCGCUCACUGGUUCGUGGCGGCGCUGGGAUGCCGGGGCGAGAGGCUGAGAUGCAUCCCGUGCUGAAGGCCUUCGUCUGCGGCUCCAUCAGCGGCACCUGCUCCACGCUGCUCUUCCAGCCCCUCGACCUGCUGAAGACCCGCUUGCAGACCCUGCAGCCGGCAGUGGGAGGGUCGGGUCGUGCUGGGAUGGUGACGGUGCUCUUCAGGGUGGUUCGUACUGAAAGCCUCCUGGGGCUGUGGAAAGGUGUCUCUCCUUCCUUUGCAAGAUGUAUUCCUGGAGUCGGUAUUUACUUCAGCACUCUGUACACUAUGAAGCAGAGGUUUCUAGGGGACCGUUCACCCACAGCCCUGGAAUCUGUCUUUCUGGGUGCCACUGCACGUGCAAUAUCUGGGAUUUGCAUGUUGCCAGUAACAGUGGUGAAGACACGGUAUGAGAGUGGAAGAUUUGGCUAUGGGAGUGUGUAUGGAGCUCUGAAGAGUAUCUAUCAGACAGAAGGGGCUCGUGGCAUGUUCAGUGGGCUCACUGCCACUCUGCUACGGGACGCACCUUUCUCUGGGAUCUACCUGAUGUUCUACACACAGACCAAAAACCUCACGCCUCAGGACCAGCUGGAUCCAGUGCUUAUGCCCGUGGUGAAUUUUGGCUGUGGGAUCUUUGCGGGAAUCUUGGCUUCGCUGGCAACGCAGCCUGCUGAUGUCAUCAAAACACACAUGCAGCUGUCCCCUGACAAGUACCGCAGGACAAGCCAGGCCAUUGCCUUCAUCUACAAGGAUUUUGGUUUGGUUGGCUUUUUCCGAGGUGGUGUGCCUCGUGCCCUCAGGCGUACUCUGAUGGCAGCAAUGGCCUGGACUGUAUAUGAACAGAUGAUGGAAAAAAUGGGCUUGAAAUCUUGAUUGACUUGCACUACAACUGACCAGCCUCACUCCUUCUCCUGCUUGAUGUGACCUGCUGGCACUGGGAAGUUCUCAGUUCCAUGGAGGAAUAAGCCUUGCUCAGCUGGGAGGAAGAAAGCCCUUCUGAGACAGAGGAUUAGGACUUUAGGGAAGCAGAAGAAAGAAGGAUCAAAUCUCAUCUUUUGAUCAGUGCAUUCCAGAAGGACUGUACUUGGGACUGCCUUGGGUUUCCACAGCGCGGUAUCUACACUGAGAGAAGCCCGUUUUAAAAAUAGCUCUGUGCUUACCACCUUUACACAAUGAGAAACUGAUGAACAAAAGUGUUAGAGGAAAAAACAGUGAGGGCAAUGUUGUCUGCAGAACCUGCUCGCAUGUUCCUCACUGUCUGGCCAGUAAGGCCAUCGUGAUACACCAUCUGAUGCAGUUCCUUCUUCCUCAUGUGCUUUAUUCUCGCUGGGAGCACUGCAGACACAAUAGGAGACUGGAUAUGUCUCUUGAUGUUUAUAAUGAGAGAGUGGAUGGAAGAGAAAUGAAGCACCAAAAGAAAACUGGGAGUACGUUUUCUGUCGUCAUUUUUGUACUGCGAUUGAUAGCAGAGAAGGUAACGUGCACCUCCACGCUGCGUUGUAUCAUUAGGUAACUGAGCAUCUUAACAGUUUAAAUACAUUUCUAUGGCUACAACAGUGAUUGCACUGGAAUUAGGAAGAGUAAGGCACUUUAAACCAGAAAGAGAGAAGAGCACAUUGGUUGUUACCAAAAUUCUACUGGUUCCUUGAAAAACAUUUUUCCUGCUGGUCAGACUGUAUCAGGAAAUCUGAAAUGUUUUUUUAUCCAGUUGUAAUAGAGACUUGCUUGCUUCCUAAUGCUCGUUUGCCGAUUCCUCUCUACAAGCUGCUCCUUAGAUGUGGCUUUUAAGAUCGUAGCUCCCAGAACAUAAAUGUAUAAUGGAAGCAGAUACAGGUACCAACGCUUUAAAUUUCCCUGAGAAGCCACUACUGACUGCAUGUGGAAUAUCUUAGGUUUGGAAGAGAGAAGGCAGCUCUUUUCUCUAAGCUUUCUCCAGUGUUUGAGGUGUUUGAGUGUUUGGUAGGGACAAAGAAACCCUGGGCAGACUGUCAGGCGUUCAUUUUCUCUUAGCAUGUAGCCUGUUCUUAUUUCAGUAUUCCUGAGUUUAAACUUGGAGAUGAAAUACUUUUAUUUUUCUUCUUGUUUUUUUAAGUCAUCUGUGCCUCUUUUUUGUCAUUCCUACUUCAAACCCCAGAGUUUGUCCUUUCCAGUCUUAGCACAGCCUGCUCCCCUAUUCAUUUGUGCCUUGGUAAUGGCUGGCUGUGUUGGUACUCUGGCAGCUCUGUUGGUGUUGCCACAAAGGUGGACAUAGAAGUGCAUGUCCUACUCUGUAGCACGCCUUGCAGAAAACAUAGUAUUGGCUUUGAUUUUUCUUAAAAAUGUCAUAAUUCACUUGAAAAUGAGAGCAGAUGUUAAAAGUCAGAGGAGAUGUGUCUAGUUCUGAAUGUAGUUGUUAAGAAUUGAAGUAUUACUUGCAUAACCAGUGCCUGUGCUGGCAACCUUUGGACUGCAAGACCAGAGGGGACGCGGGCUAUAAAAGAUGCCUUUAUCAGAUUCCAAAUGCAAGAAGCUUUGAGUGAGGUGAAAAUGAAGUCUUAGAGAAGCAUAAGAGAUGGGAGAGGUUGUGGAAGGUCCUGGGUGUGUGUUUUGAGCAUUAAGAAUAGAGCACUUCAGAGCCUGAAGUUCUGCUUUGCAACCUGAAAUCUGGUAUCAGGUAGGCAGGUACAAGACUCAGCUUCCUCAGCUCUGACCCUUACUACCCCCCAGCCUUUUAUUCUCAUCAAAAACAUUCUGUUUCUAAAGUGAUUUGUUGAAGUUACUUUUUGAUAGUGGUGCCAAGUCAAAAACAAGUGUUUGGGUGUAUUGCUUGUGAUGUUCAGUGCUUCUAAUGAGCAACCAGUUGUUGUUGUACAACCAAAAUGCAAAUAAAAACCAAAGAAAAUUCCAGAGGCAGGUACCGAGUCUCCUGUCUGCAUAACCCCUACAAUUCAGUGCUAACAAUCCCUGCAGAUAAUCAUUUCCAAAGUCAUUUCAGCCUGGAUUUAGGAGAAGCUGGUGUGAUAAUGUGAGCUUUUUUUGACUGCCAGAUCACCAUCAGACCCUUCUCCCAGGGUGACCUCAGUUGCUGGCAAUUCAAUCUUAGCAGUCGUGAAUUGACUCUGUUACCCCUGCAGCUGUGCUGUAAGCACACAACUGGCUAACAGGUUGAGGCAGUCAAUGUUUACCUGAAUUAUGAAGAUACAGGAGAAAUAGUCUGAUUGUCUAUUGGUUUUGUGUUAUUUCCAUGCUGCCUAUAGUGGUUUGUUUGUUUUUCCCUCUUGCACUGUUUAAAACAGAACUGGAGCUUUGGGACAGAGUGCAGGUUGGAAUAUUUUGAGUGGAUGUUUACAUGAAAUAUUUAUGUGACAAGGAAUAUAUUUAUAUUAAAAGCUGUGGUUGUCAAAAUUAAAAA